ACCAUGGCUCACGGGCUCCGCUUCUCCGACUGGCUGUUGGUCUGCUGGGCGGCGGUAGCUGUGGCAGCAGGACAGAAAGAGGGAGCCACCCCUCCUGCAGGCUUGCAAGAUAACGGAGGCCCUACGGACUGCGAGGUCUUCACUCUCACCCCUCCACCCCCCAGGAGGAAUCCGGUGACAAGGAUCCAGCCCGUCACAAGGACACCAAAGUGUCCCUUUCAUUUUUUUCCAUGGCAAGGACCUAGAGUCCCCAUUAGGUUUCCACACAGACCUUUCCUUCCUUGGAGGUGCAACCACCGGUUUCCGUUUCGUCCAUUUUUUUGGCCAUACGGUCGCCUUACUCCUCACUAUAGGUAUAUUCCCAGGGGAAGGCUCUGGAGAGGAAGCUCAUCUGAGGAAAGCAGAUGGAAAAGAGAAGUCCCAAAUAUGUGGAAGCAAAAGAAGCCACUGGCGCAGAGAAGACUCUAAACCGAUUUCUGCUUUCUUCUUCCAAACGAAACCAAUUGAACUUGAAGUAUCUUAAACACCACAGACUAGAAGUUGUUCUUCUUGUCAGCAGGGAAGAUACUGGUUUAUAGGUUAUUCAGGUUUGCUAAUGGGAGCGGUAACUGCAUUACUUUACUUUAUCCCCGACUGUUAAGAUCACAGGAUAUUGAUGCAAAUAAAAUCCUCCAACAGGUGGUUCCGGG